CGCGCAGGUGGAGCUCAGACUCGAGUUUCCCAGCAGCGCACAACAAUACGCAGAGCAAAGCAGAGGCCUCUGGGGAACCCACACUCGCACUACCAUGACACAAAACAAGGUCAGCUUCGAAAAACGCCAGCUUUAACACCCCGAAUGAUUGCUUGAAGUUGUUGUGAAAAGAAAACCCAUAUUACCCGGAGAAAUGAUCAACUCGGAGGCUUUGCGCCCGACGCCGAACCCAGCGCGUAAAGCCCUCGGAAAGCUGGCGAGCCGGCUGGAGGAGGUGAAAAACCCGUGGAGACAGGGAUCCGCGCUGGAGCUCAGUCACAACGAGACCGCCAGACUCGCCACCGACGCGCUGCUGGAACACGGAGAGAAGGAGUACAAGAAAGUCCUGCACGAAGAAAAAGAGCUCAACUUUCUGUCCGCGCUGGAGAUACGCUACAUCACCGAGAAUGUGGCCAAAGUCGGCGACGCGGACAGUGGGAGCAACGGAGUAGACUUGGAGGAAGGCGACACUGUGUCCGAGCUGACUUCGGGGACUUACUUCCCCAUGAUGUCUGACGAGGAGCCGCCGAUGCUGGAGCUGGGCUGGCCGGAGCUCUCCACCAAGAUGGGCCCCACUGAGGCCAACAUAUACUUCCAGAGGGACAAAACAAAAAAUGUCAAAGAUCUCAUUCGGUCGCUUAUUAGCAAAGCCAAGAAGGUUAUCGCAAUAGUCAUGGACAUUUUUACAGACGUGGAUUUGUUCUGUGAUUUAAUGGAGGCCUCCACCAAGCGCAAGGUUCCAGUGUAUAUUUUACUGGACGAGAAGAAUCUCAGCCAUUUCUUGAACAUGUGCUCAGAGCUGGAUGUCCAGAAUUCACACCUGAGUAAUAUGCGGAUAAGAAGUGUUUGUGGAGACACUUAUUGCACCAAAAGUGGGAAGAAAUUCACAGGACAGGUUCAAGAGAAAUUCAUGAUCAUUGACUGUGAGGAAGUCAUCGCUGGAUCCUAUAGUUUUACAUGGCUCUCCGGUCAGGUCCACAGCAAUCUGGUAAUGCACUUCUCCGGCCACAUUACAGACUGCUUCGAUCGCGAAUUCCGCUGCAUGUAUGCGGACUCGGAAAUAAUAGAGCGUUUCCACAACCCAGAUGAAGAUGGACUUCCCUCUUACUCUUACAACAUGCCAGCGCCAAACUUCGGUCUGGACGUCCUUGUAAAUUACGGCAGCAGAGAGCGAGUGUAUUCGGAAAACUCCAGCAGCCAAUCCAGCAGCAGCGUUUCCAGCAUCAAAGCUGCUCCGCCGGGCAUUAAAUUAGUUUACAAAGUCAACCACGACAAGAAGAGCCAGGAAAGCAUGCAAAAAACUCCUGACAGGAAAGACGCUACAAGUCCCGUACUCCACAUGCCCAUGGCAGCCCACAUCGGGAGAGGAUUUCCCAAUGAGAUCCACCAAACUGCUGAACGUUCCUCUUUAGGUCAAUCCGGCGGUGCGGAGUGGUCCAAAAUAGGAAACACAGAUUAUCUACGUUCAAACAUCGGCGGACAGACUUCUAAAAUCCAAUCGUUAGGACUCUACAGUUCUCCAAAACCUCCAUCGCCAACUCAACAGGACAACAAGAUCUCCCCGAAGCAUCGGCUCACCAAUCCUUUCCUCAGUAAGUUCACAGAUUUGUUCACAACGAAGGAGAAAGACCAUCAUGCCUUCCAGAAGAUCCCUCCUCCACGUUCGUCUCCGUUUGGUGGGCCGGAUUUGUCCCAGAAUGAACCCGAGAGUAAACAGGGCCCUCCUCCGCCUGGACCCAUGCCCACCGACAGGAUGGGCCCUGAUAAAGGUAUUCAUCGGCGGGAUGAGAAGCGCAUGACUUUAGGUCACAGCAAGUUGGACCUCGUCAACCAGUACAACAAGAUGAACAAAUCCAAACAGGUAUACAGUCGCUUUGAGCUCAAGAACAACUUACCUCUGUAACACUAGGCCUGAUUGGUCAGUCCUUCAGGUCAGCUUUUGUAUAUAGUUGGCAUUGUGAGUCUGCAAAGCCGUUCCUUGGUGUGAGACUGUUGGUAUUUUAGCAUUUGUAUUUGUGAAAUGUAGUGCUUAUGUAUUAAUGCUGCCUUCAGGUUCAUUUUGGAAAUGGAAUUUUAGGGGUGUAAUUGCAUAUUUCUUUCUUUCAUUUCUUUCUUUCUCUUUUUGAAACGUUUUAUUUAUAAUUUUUCAGUUUUUUUUCCAGAUCAACCACUUCCCCAACUAUUUAACCUCUUACAGAUAAGGGAAUACAUACAAAUAUAAUGCUAUUAUAAGAAUUUUUAAAUAAAAUAAGAAAAAUAAAUAAAUAUAUAAUAUAUAUACACUGCCAUCCUAGUUACUUUUCAGGGGAAACAUUUGUGCGUCAAGUUACAUUGUAGUUACCUCAAGUAACAUUGUUGAUAGGUUAAAUAACCUGUAAAUAAAGAUAUCUAAACUAGGGUUGUACGAUACUGGAAUUCAGUACUAAUCGAUACUGAAGUUUUAAAAAUGUCCAUUAUUCGCUAACAUUUGAGCGCUGUUGAGUGCGUUCUUAACAACGCUGAUUUGCCAUUGUGUUCACGUGCUCAACAGUAAUGACUGUGAUUCACCAAACUCACCGCUGUUUACUGAGAGUAACCACAGAUACAGGAACACUGGAGCAUUUUAAAGCCGUGAUUCAUCCGCGGAUCGCUCGCAUGUCAGUUUAUAGACAAACCAGCUGAUCGACGCGACUUUAAAACACUCCAGUGUCCCUGCAUCUGUGGUUACACUCAGUAAACAGCAGUGAGUUCAGUGAAUUGAAGACCUUCAUGGC